AUGCCGAUUAGAGGAUGUCAAUGUUCUAGAAAUGUAAAGGAUAAAGAGGCAUUUCAGUGCUUUCAAUGUCAACUUGCUUUUCACCAAGACUGUGUCGGAAUAAGUAAAUCAGCCUUCAAAGUUGUCAGUUCCAUGUCUAAUAUUAAGUGGUAUUGUGAUGAAUGCAUGAAACUACUUCCUGGCGUAAAGUCAUUGAAUAAAGCUGUGCGUGAUAGCAAUGAUGCGCUCAACACCAAAGUUUACAAAAUUGAAGAAUCGAACAUUUUGUUGAAGAGUGAACUUGAAGCUAUCAAAAGUUUAAUUCAGAAAAAUGUUGAUAAGGCAGAAAGAUUCGAUGGCAUUGAUAUGAGUACUGAGCUGUGUAGCCUUAAAAAUUUUUUAAGCAAAAGUUUUGCUGAUGUUGUCCGAUGCGAAGUGAAGAAAAAUAUUGAACUAGUUAAUGAUGAGGUUAAAAGUGUUCAAAAAACUUUAACCAAUGUUAAUGACCUAAAAGAGAGAGAGAGAGAAAAUAACAUAAUGAUGUUCAGUUCGCAAGAAACUGAUGAAUGA